AUGGACAAAGCCCGAUCGUGCAAAAGCCUCCCAAUGGCCCAGGAGAUCCACAAACGCAUCCAGGCGAAUCCACCACUCCACGAGAGCCUCUUUGUCUACUGUUUAACCAGUUUGGCAGUCUCCGGGCAAGUUUCCAAUGCAAAAGCCAUCUUUGAUUCCAUGCCCGAAAAGAAUCUUACAAGCUGGAACGCUAUGAUGGCAGCAUAUGCCAAGAAUGGGUAUAUGGACGAGGCAGAACUACUGUUUCAAGAGAUGCCGUUUCACGAUGCCGUGUCAUGCAACACGCUCAUAGCUGCACACUCGCAAAGAGGGAAUUUGGAUACUGCGAAGGAGAUCUUUGAUGACAUGCUUUUUAAAACUCUACCAUGCUGGAAUGCCAUGCUAUCUGCAUAUGCCACAGGCUGGCAUCUUGUACAAGCAAGACAGACAUUUCACUCGAUGCCUGCUCGAAAUCUGAUCUCUUGGACAUUAUUCUUAAACGCACUAAUCAUGGAGGAUGAUCUUCAAAUGACUAGAAGUGUUUUAGCGAAAUGCCCUGCUGGAAUCUGUUUGCCUCGGGAUCUUGUGGCCUACACCGUAAUGGAAUCGGCCUAUGCUCAAAAGGGCGAGCUCGAGAGAGCCGAGGCCAUCUUCAACUCCAUGCCGCAGCGUGAUCUCGUCGCUUGGAACGCCAUGAUCCGGGGCUUACUCCCAACACGGCUGAGUCGAGCAAGCAAAGUUUCUCUUUGA